UGCCCUAUCGUUGGUGUCAGUGGGAGGAAUAGCGCCCCAUCAUUGGUGUCAGUGGGAGGAAUAGCGUGCCCCAUCAUUGGUGUCAGUGGGAGGAAUAGUGCCCCAUCAUUGGUGUCAGUGGGAGGAAUAGUGCCCCAUCAUUGGUAUCAGUGGGAGGAAUAG